AGAGUGGGAGGCAGUAAUACCGGCGGGGGCGUGUGCGGUAAAGGUGCGGCCGCCUAUGAAUGAGUGUGUGUUGAGAGCGCAUGCGCGUUCUCGCACACAUACUCGGACGGCGUCCGCGGGGGCUCAUUCCAUGCACUCGUCAGACCGCUGAGGCCUAGAAAAGCGAAGCGUGAAAAGGAGCUCCUUAAAAAAAAAAGUUGCGGCAAGGCCGGCGGCAAUGUCCGUAAGGAGCGGCGAGGGGCGCGCGGUGGCGUUGCUGUGGGCGACAACAACGACGACGGCGGCGGCGGCGGCUGCCUCGGGGGCCCGGGGCCUGCUCUGCCUCCCUUCUUCCGCGCCUCUGCGCCUGCUGUUUCCUUCGCCACCUCGCCACUGGGCACGGACGGGGGGCUGGGCCCAAGCGUGAGCCACCCUGGGCUGAGCCCGGGCGGAAGAGGACGGAGACUUGAGACUGAGGCCGGCGGGAACGUGGAGCUGCCCGAGGGGGGCCAGCCGGAUCUUCCGCUGCCUGAGCAUGGGAAUCCUCUUCACCCGGAUAUGGAGGCUGUUUAGUCACCAGGAACACAAAGUGAUCAUUGUUGGCCUUGAUAAUGCAGGAAAAACAACCAUUCUUUAUCAGUUUUCUAUGAAUGAAGUGGUACAUACCUCCCCAACUAUAGGAAGCAACGUAGAGGAGAUUGUAGUUAACAAUACACGUUUUCUUAUGUGGGAUAUUGGAGGUCAAGAAUCUCUUCGAUCUUCAUGGAACACCUAUUAUACGAACACUGAAUUUGUGAUAGUUGUCGUGGAUAGCACAGACAGAGAGAGAAUUUCUGUAACGAAGGAAGAACUUUAUAAAAUGUUAGCACAUGAGGACUUGAAGAAAGCAGGUCUGCUCAUUUUUGCUAACAAACAGGAUGUUAAAGACUGCAUGACAGUAGCUGAAAUCUCUCAGUUUCUGAAGUUAACUUCAAUUAAAGAUCACCAAUGGCACAUCCAGGCAUGCUGUGCUCUUACUGGUGAAGGGUUAUGCCAAGGGCUUGAAUGGAUGAUGUCCAGACUUAAGAUCAGAUGAUUUUUACUCUGCACAGACUUUGCACAAAAAGAGUGCUGGAUGUUUGGUUAUCUUGACAACUGUGAAUAUAAUGGCUUAUGUGUAUUUAUAAAGACAAACUGAAAUUGACUUUCUUUGCUAUUUAAUACACUAAAGCCGCCUCCAAUGAAAGAAAACAACAGAAGUUUGAACUUUGCUUCCUCUGGAAUGGAAUUUAAAUACUGCAGCUGACCUUAAUUUUAACAUGAAAUCACUUGAGACUGUUUAAGAUAUAAUGUAUGGGAUAAGAAUGAAAAGGAGUAAUUUUAACUUUUGCAUUUUAUUAUUCCAGUCUAACUCAUUCAGCUUGAAAAUGUUGACUUGGUUGUUCUAGCAAAUUUGAAGAAAAAAAAAUCAGUGGCACAGUUAUUGACUUUCCAGUAUUGAAAUUUAUUCACAUGUAUUUCAGACAUACAAAACUUUCCCCCUUAUGUGUGCAGUACAUUUUAUAUAUUUAUAUCUCAUGCUAACAUUCAUUGACAUCUGUCAAUGCUCUUGAUCUGUGAAGGGGUUUAUUGCAGUAUAUGGAUUUAUCCCACUUCUUGUUCAGCUCCAUGGUUUGUAUCAAGUGUUGUCCGUCCAAAGAAACAGCUUUUGUUAACGAAACAAAUUCUCCCCAUUCUUUGCCUUGUAUUUCCCCAAGCCUCCAGAUUGAUGGGGAGAUCAUAGGGGCAGGCCUUGGCAUGUGCAAGGACAAGAAGAGGAAAAGACAGUUCUGUUGCAGGGUGUAAGUCUGUUUCUGUAAUGAUGGGUGUUGUCUGGUUACCUGGAUCAAAAUCUGAAUUUGCCUGUGAAAAAUAGUACUAACAGGGAGAUUGAUGACAUGUUAUUUGCAUCCUUAUCAUAUUCUCUAUUCUUUUCUUAUGCCAAGGGUGGUGGUGUAAUUCUUUAGGAUUAUUACUCUUUGCUUGGUUUAUAUGUUUGCAGCUAAAAAUAACCACGAAAAGAAACCAGACAUUAUGGUAUACUUAUAAGGUUAUUCCCCCUUCAGUGUUGGCAUAUAUCUGUGCCAGACAAGAAAAUCAAAUUUCAGAAGGCUUGUGGGAGGUGACCUAUCCAUAUCAAAAUGUUAUAUACUGACAUAUUUGAUUGUGUAGGUGUUUAACAAAAAAAA